UUCCCAUGGUGUUUGAGGGCUGGCCGAGGUCCAAGGCCUUCCAGCCUGGAACUUCUACCAGGGGCACCACGGGAUACAGGAGGACGUGAACCAAGCCAGGUGGGGACUGUGCCCAGUGGACAGGCUGAGAUGCCCCAAUUACACAUGGGACCUGUGCUCCAGGUACAGCCAAGCAGUGACUCCAUUAAGCAUCAACAAUUACGCUGUGUCGACAGAAGAGGUGCAACGCAGUCACACUGGCUUGUCCAGGGUUAACCGCAUAGCUGAGGCCCCCAUCCAGUCCUUCCACAUCCAGUGAUCUUCCCACUCAAACCAGCUCCCCUCAUCCGCUCACGACCCUUCCCACUCCACUCUUCUUCGGGGUUCCUUCAACGUCUCUUCUGCCCGGCCCUCCUGCCCAGGGAAGGGGCCCCUAGCUGGGACUGGGACAAAUGGGUCCAGCUCCCCUCCCCACCCCUCGGCCCCCUUCCCAGAAGGACGUGGAUUCUGUCUGUGGAUGAUAAGGUCGGGACCCCCAGCCUUACUCACCGGGAGCCUCUCGCAGGCCAGUCUGCUCCGCCUCUACCACCGGUUUCGGGCACUGGACAGGAACAAGAAGGGCUACCUGAGCCGCAUGGAUCUGCAGCAGAUUGGGGCUCUGGCCGUGAACCCCCUGGGAGAACGCAUUAUAGACAGCUUCUUCCCUGAUGGGAAUCUGCGUCUGGAUUUCCCAGGCUUUGUCAGAGUCCUGGCUCAUUUUCGCCCCAUCGAUGAUGAGGACCCAGGAAUUCGAGACCCCAAGGAACCUGAACCCCUCAACAGCAGAAUGAACAAACUUCGCUUCGCAUUUCAGCUCUAUGACCUGGACCGGGACGGAAAGAUCUCCCGGCACGAGAUGCUACAGGUCCUCCGACUGAUGGUUGGGGUGCAGGUGACAGAAGAGCAGUUGGAGAGCAUCGCUGAUCGCACGGUGCAGGAAGCGGAUGAAGAUGGAGAUGGGGCUGUGUCCUUCCUGGAGUUCACCAAGUCCUUGGAGAAGAUGGACAUCGAACAGAAAAUGAGCAUACGGAUCCUGAAGUGACCCCCUUUGUGCCUUUGGCUGCCUUACACAGACCAGUUCAGCCCGGGAUUUGUCUUCAGCCCCUGCAGAGGCAGGGCCCCAAUAAACUGUAUUCUUGUGUCUAAGCUAAACUCUCUUUGGGGCCAAGGAAGGCAAGCUGGAAGUGUGUGUACCGAAUAAAGUCUAGCUCAUUUGAUGUCAGA